AUGGUUGGCCGUAUCUACGGUGGGAUUUCUACGUCUCUCUUGUUUUCAGCAUUCGAAUCAUGGCUCAUUGCAGAGCACAACAAGAGGAACUUUGAGCAACAGUGGCUGUCACUGACAUUCUCUAAGGCUGUUUUUCUUGGGAAUGGUCUGGUCGCUAUACUCUCUGGUUUGUUCGGUAAUCUUCUUGUUGACACUUUUUCCCUUGGUCCUGUUGCCCCAUUUGAUGCGGCUGCGUGCAUUCUUGCAAUUGGGAUGGCAACUUGGUCUGAGAAUUAUGGUGAUCCAUCUGACAGUAAAGAUUUGCUCUCACAGUUCAAGGUUGCUGCCAUAGCAAUUGCUUCAGGCAAGUUCAAACUUGCAAACUUAACAUCAAAACCGUAG